AGCAAGAGCCGUGCCUUCUUCCGGAAAGAGGAUAUUUUUAAGCAUUUUAUAAAAUGGUAUUUUUUACAUGCAACGCAUGCGGCGAGUCGGUGAAGAAAGGACAAGUGGAAAAGCACGUGAAUAUUUGCAAAAACUGUCAAUGCCUUUCUUGCAUUGACUGUGGCCAGGACUUCUGGGGCGAUGAUUACAAGAACCACGUGAAGUGCAUCAGUGAAGAUCAGAAAUACGGCGGCAAAGCCUACGAAGCCAAAAUCAACAAAGGCGACGUUAAGCAACAAGAAUGGAUUCAGAAGAUCCACGAAAUAAUGGGAAAGUCAAACAUCGCACCCAAAGUGAGGGAGAUUUUAGAACAAGUCAGUGGUUUCGACAAUGUUCCGAGGAAGAAGGUCAAAUUUCAGAAUUGGAUGAAGAACAGUUUAAAAAUUCAUAAUGAAUCGCUUCAAGAGCAGGUGUGGAAUAUCUUUUCAGAGGCUACCAGUAAGGGACCAGAUGAAAAAGAGCAAGAGAAACAGCCAUCCAGUCAAGUGGAAAAUAAGGUCCCAUCCACUCCCCCGGGAACAGAUGAAAAGAAAGAUAAGCCAGAGGGAAAGAAGAAUAAAAGAGAACGAAAGGAAGAACGACAACAGAACCGAAAAAAGGAAAAGAAAGAGCUGAAGUUGGAAAGGCAGGAAAAUUCAGAUCAAAAAUCCAAAAGGCGUAAAAAGGGGCAGGUGGAAGAAGGUGAUGCUGAAAUUCAAGAAUCGGCCGAAAUUGACACAGCAACAAAGAAAAAGAGAAAGAGAAAAAACAAGAUGGGAUGCACGCUUGAAUUGGAUGUCAACGGAAAUGGAAAUCAUAUUGAAGAACCCAAAGAGGAAGAAAAAACCACUACUGAAAAGAGAAAGCGCAAACCUUCCGAAAGCGAAACCACUUCGAAAAAGAAAAAGAUGAAACACCCAGAGAACGCUGUGCUGAUGGAGAUGGAAGAAAAUGAAACCCCAGUAAAAGGUAAAUUCAACUGGCAGGGGACUAUCACAGCCAUUCUGAAACAAGCUCCAGACAAUGAAAUAUCAAUCAAAAAGUUAAGAAAAAAGGUUUUAGCCCAGUACCAAGCAGUGACCAGUGAAGAGCAUAAAUCCAAAGAGGAUCUGCUGGUGAUCUUUAAUAAGAAGAUUAGCAAAAACCCCGGCUUUAAGAUACUAAGGGACAAAGUAAAACUCUGGAAGUAACAUUUUUUUUUUAUACUUCGAAAACUCUUCCUCUUUUCACUGUUUGUAAAGCAUUUAGAAAAUUUGGCAACCAGACCUAUUUUGUGUUUUCAGGAAAAUGUAUAUUUUUGGUAGAAAUUUAAAAAAAUGUAAAUGACCAUUCUGUUAAAUUUGGGGUUGUGCAAACUACUCUGAAAAAAAAAAAACCACACAGAUUUUCUUGUGGACCCAUGCUGAAUGUUUGAAGAGCAGUGAAUAAAUGUCUGUUUUAUAAGUCUU